GGCGCACUCACUAAGUUGGCUCACAUGAUAAGGGGAACCUUCGCAACAUGGACCAGGAAAAAAGAACUCGAACACAGGGAGAAGAUGACAAAGAAAGCGAAGAAAAGGCAAAGAUGCCGUCUAUGAAUAUAUUCCAAGCUGUUAAGGCCAACUACCUGAUUCGAGUGCAGGAACUUGUAGAGAGUGAAGGGCCGGGCAUUCUGGUGGAGUUUGAUGAUAAGGGACAUUCCCCUGUGCAUUGGGCAGCCUUAGGUGGCAGCACUAAUAUCAUACGUCUCAUGGUGCAGUGUAAGGUCCCAUUAGAUCAACAGAGCAAGACAGAGCUAGGUCCCAGGCCGAUCCAUUGGGCGUGUGUGAACGGUCACGUUGCAGUGGUUGAUAUACUCCUGCAAGCUAGCGUCUCUAUUGACACAGUUGACAAUAAGGGUUGUACACCACUCAUCAUAGCCUGUCAGUACGGUCAGACAGUGCUAGCUGGAUACCUGAUGGGUAAGGGUGCCAGGCUACAGCUGACAGACAGAGAAGGAGACAAUGCAUUACACUGGGCAGCAUUCAAAGGGAAAUGUGACCUGACGAGACUGCUGAUCUACUCCGGUUUCAACCCACGACAGAAGGAUAACUUUGGACAGACGCCACUUCAUCUAGCCUGCAUCAAUGGUGAUCUGAAUACAGUCAAGAUGCUAUGUGAACAAGAUGGAGUUGAGAUGGAAUUAGAGGAUAAUAACCACAAGACACCUUUGAUGCUAGCGACGGGACGUAACCACAGCCCAAUCAUCACCUACCUGAAUAAAAAGCUGAAUAAGAGGAGAAGCUUCCUGCCUCAGAUUGACUUAAAUUUCAUCGUGUUUGGUCCUCCAGGGAAUACUCGCGUCCCAUUCAUCUUCCUUGUUUGUCAGUUCAUCUUCUUUGCAUAUCCCAUGUAUGUCUUCAAGUUGUUGCCUUUGUACAGUUUAUUUGAUUUACCGGAGAUACACACCCCAUUUCUUGCAUUGAAUGCUUUCAUGUGGUUCAUGCUGUAUCGAGCCUAUAACACUGAUCCUGGGUACAUACCUAAGAACUCACCGGACUAUGACCGUGCAAUCAGACAGGUUGCCCACUUUGAUGAAUGGAAGCAAGGAAAGAACCCACUCAGCCGACUGUGCCAUACUUGCCGUAUCGUCAAACCAUUUCGCACCAAACACUGUAGAACCUGUAAUAAAUGUGUGCGACACUUUGACCAUCACUGUCCAUACAUUUACAACUGUGUAGGCUUCAGGAACAGGGUAUACUUCACUGGGUUCACUACGUCUUUGAUGCUGAUGGCACUCUUCACUUUCUAUUACUGCUACCUGGUGAUUCGGCUUGAGGGUUGGAGAGUCUUGUAUAUCUUUGGUCUGCUUGAUGUCCUGUUUUUCGACUUUGUGGCUACUGGGCUUUCCUUAACAGCGUGGUACAUGGCAGUUAAAAAUCUCAACACCAAUGAACGAGUGAAUCACAAACGCUAUGAAUACUUGAAAGAUGCCAAUGGCCACUUCUUCAACCCUUACAACCGGGGCAUCCUACACAACGUCAAAGAGUUCUUCCAUUUAAGAGCGCCCCCUAGUGACGAGGAGAUUGAGCAAGCGUCAGUGUAUACUGUAUAGCAGCUGUAAUGACAUGUAAGCUAGGAGUGCAUAUUUGAAUCCCACCCCACAGUACAUAAUGAAUUGUUGUCAGUCAUUGUGGACUGGAUCUACUCAGUUUGAUUCGCAAAACUCAUCAGUGAGAACUCUGUUUCCACAAACUAACAGGUGUAAGAACCAUUGUUGCUACCAAUGUGACCAGUGCAAGUAUCCAAACUACGCAGCUAUUGGAGACUUGGUGUUGUGGUUGGCAGCAAGGAUGGUUCAAGUAAAUCAAGAUCUCAAAGUUAAGUAGCAACAGGGGCGGAUCUAGCUUUCAAGAAACUGGGGGGGGGGGGGUUGAGUCUAAGGCUUGCUAAAGGCAGACCCUGCCAGGGGGGAAUGCCCCCCAAAAUUUUUGAAAUCUAAGAUGCUUUCUCCAUGCGUUGUAGAGUAUUAGAGUACAAUUAGAGUAUAAAUUUAGGAACUUUAGCAUUCCGUUUAUGUUUUGGCCCAUUUGGCUAGUGUAAUAUUAGUCAGCGGGUGGGGUGGGGGGGGGGGGUUGCAACCCAUCUAGAUCCGCUAAAGAGCAAGAUAUUGACAGCUGAUAGUAAACCAAUAGCCUCUUAUAUAUUUCAAUAAUA